AUGGAAAGCAGAAAUAUGGUGCUUCCUUCUCUACCGGCCAUUCUUACAAGUAAUUCUAGCUCGCCUUUUCAGAUGCAUGUUCUACCAAACACAAACUUUCCCAGUGAUGAACAGGGUGUUAUCAGGCUCCCACCCUUGGCUACGUCUGUGCACCUUCCAAGACCGGUCGUAAGCACUUGUAAAAGCCCAUGCGAUGAGGCAAGGUCGAACAGUAAUAGCCCGCAACCUCUGAGCUUCCUAUCGCAACGCUUGGCUACUUCCAGGACACCUUUAUCCAAAUCCAAGAAGCCGAGUUCUCAUUCCCCUUCACCCUUUACCCCAACAAUCAAGAACCCUACCAAAGGACAGCCAGCUCAGGGUACGCAUUCUUAUAGAAAAGUUAACAUUCUCACACCUUUAUCUGCAGCUAAAGCCAUCCUGACGCCACGAGCAAAGGGUGACAAAAAAAGAUCAUUUGCAUUCAUUACACAUUCACAAGAAACGUUUCCCAAAAAGGAACCGAAGAUCGAUAACGCUCGGUUGGCUCGUCGAAAAAGAAGAAGAACGUCGUCGCAUGAGUUAGGAAUUUUGCAGACUGCGUUCGAUGAAUGUCCCACUCCUAGUAAGACCAAGAGAACGGAGUUGUCCGAACAGUGUAACAUGUCCGAAAAAUCUGUUCAAAUAUGGUUCCAGAACAAAAGGCAAGCUGCUAAAAAGCACAAAAACAACAAUGGUAAUGCAAGCCGUUGCAAGAUUCACUCCAGUGAUUCGAUUUCUAUGAUAUCAUAUUCAGAUGCUACUUUAGAGAUUACUUCCACCCCAACAUGCUCUAGCAAGACCAUUACUGCGGAGUUAUUAAAGACCUCACCUCCAAACAUCUCUGCAUCGAUUUUCAAAGACGAUCAUAUUACCCCUUGUAAACCGGGUAGACAAUUGAAGUUCCAUGGCAAACCUGUGGUUGCUAGAAGAACAUUAACAAGUACCAGUCAUAACGAACCAAUCGACAGUCUUGAAAAAAAAGAAAAUCAUUUAAAAUUCAAUGCAUAUGAAAGAGUACCUCUAGGAGAGAUUGAAAUGAACUCUUUUGAAAACUAA